AGAAGACGAAGAAGAAUGCAAAUCCGCGGAGCAGCAGGUGGCGCCAAAUCUUUAUUCAAACACAGACAAACCAGCCAAAAAUAACCAACAGCAAAGUCUUCUGAGCAGAGGAGCAGCUCACGUCCCACCCACUGUAAUCGCAUCAUCAGUGAAGCUCCUCCCACAGUAAUUCACAAAUAAAUGCAGGAAUAUUCUCAUCAGUUUACAAGUGAAGAGGAUCAUCAGAGCAAUCAGGAAGAGCUGAAAUCUGCAAAGACUUAUUAUUAAAGAGGACCGAGAGAAGAUGAGAGAUCCAGAGCCCUGCAGAAUCAAACACACUGAAGAUACUCAAGAACUAACAGAACUGAUGGAAAAGAGUGAGGAGAGUCAAGAACUGAGUGAAGUGGAGGAAAUAUAUCAUGACAAACCUGGAGAAGACUCAAAGACCGAGAAGACAUUUGUAAAGAAAUUAAUUGCCAAGAUUUUUUUUCCCUGCACUCAGUGUGGAAAGAGUUUCACAAACAAACAACAUCUUGUUGAUCAUAUGAGAGUUCACACUGGAGAGAAACCAUACACAUGUGAUCAGUGCGGGAAGAGUUUCACAUACAAAAAAAGUCUGAAGAGUCACAUGAGGAUCCACACAGGAGAGAAACCGUUCACUUGUGAUCAGUGUGGGAAGAGUUUCACAUACAAAGAGACUCUGAAGAGUCACAUGAGCAUCCACACCGGAGAGAAACCGUUCACGUGUGAUCAAUGUGGCAAAUCAUGUUCAAGAGGAUCAGACCUGAAGAAACACCUGAGAGUUCAUACGAAGGAGAAGCCAUAUUCAUGUUCUUUAUGUGGGAAGUGUUUUUCUCAGCUGCAAAACUUACAUAGACAUGAGAAAAUACAUACUGAUGUAAGAGUUCAUGUGUGCUUUCAUUGUGGGAAGACUUUUAGUUCAGCAAACCGUUUAAAACUGCACCAGAGGAUUCACACUGGAGAAAAACCUUGCUCAAAGCAUGAUAAAACAUUCUUAAAGAAAAGAAGAACCAAGAAAUUUUCCCCCUGCACUCAGUGUGGAAAGAGUUUCACAAACAAACAACAUCUUGUUGAUCAUAUGAGAGUUCACACUGGAGAGAAACCUUUCAUGUGUGAUCAGUGCGGGAAGAGCUUCACACAAUCAUCAAAUCUAAAAUUACACGUCAGAAUCCACACUGGAGAGAAACCGUUCACUUGUGAUCAAUGUGGGAAGAGUUUCACACACAAAGAAAGCCUGAAGAGUCACAUGUGGAUCCACAGUGGCGAGAAACCGUUCACGUGUGAUCAAUGUGGCAAAUCAUGUUCAAGACGAUCAGACCUGAAGAAACACCUGAGAGUUCAUACAAAGGAAAAGCCACAUUCAUGUUCUUUAUGUGGAAAGAGUUUUUCUCAGCUGCAAUACUUACAUAGACAUGAGAAAAUACAUACUGAUGUAAGAGAUCAUGUUUGUUUUCAGUGUGGGAAGACUUUUAUUUCAGCAAACAGUUUAAAACGGCACUGGAGGAUUCACUCUGGAGAAAAACCGUACAAGUGUUCACACUGUGAUAAGAGAUUCAGUCAUUCAUCAAAUCUGAGAAAACAUGAGAGGAUCCACACUGGAGAAAAACCUUAUGUGUGUUCACACUGUGACAAGAGAUUCAGUGAUUCAGGACAGCUGAGAAAUCACGAGAGGAUCCACAGCAGGGAGAAACCGCACACGUGUGAUCAGUGCGGGGAGAGUUUCACUGUUAAAAGUCACCUGAAGAUACACAUUAAGAUCCACGCAGUGGAGAAACCAGAUCACCGCAGUCUAAAAUCACUAACUACAAGAAAGCAUUUGGAAAGAGAAAACAAUGAGAACAUGAGUGAUCCAGAACCUGCAGAAUGAAACAUCAUGACACUGAGAUACAAAGAGGAUGGUGCUUAUUCUUCAUUUUUCAUUCAUCAACCUGAAGAACAUUUUGAUGCUCCCUCAACAACAACAACAAAUCCUGUACACUUAAAUAAAACUUGGAUUAUUAUAUGUCCACUUCAAUUGUCUUUUGAGAGAAGUAUUAUUUUUCCUGUUUUUACCCAAAUAGGAUGGAUUGGCCAUUAUUGAGCACUAUAAACACGUUAUUUCAGUUUCAUUCAUUCUGGAAGCCAUAGGGCGCCCUCGGGAAAAAAUAAAAACUCCACAUACGCAUCACAGAAGUAAUAGAACUGAUGAUGCUUUUGCUGAAUAAAAAGAAAAUAAAAACAAUCUAAAUGAUGAAACAUGAAGACAAUAAACUGUGCAUAGGUUAUGUGUUUGUCAAGCCAUCUCUAAUAUUAUCAUAAUUGAGUACAUUAAUAAUCCACUGCUAAUCGACAUAGCCUUUAUACAGUACAGAACAUAUUAUUUCUGCCUCAUUUUGUGAUAAGAAGCCACAUCAGAUCACAAAAGGAAGGAUUUGUCUCAUGUUGUGGAGUAAAAACAUGUUAUAAUGUUUUCUUUUGUUGGACAACCGGUUUACAAAUGCUUCUGAUUGUAAGUCUUUACAAGGGAAGUUUAGCUUUAGGCAUAUUAAUCACAUUUAAUGUAGUUAUUUUUCUGACACCACAUGAAAGAAGUAUAAACUCAUUUUCAGUUAGGAAAGAUUGUGACCUUUUUUUGUGGGCAGAGCUUAGGUCAGGGUUUCUCAAAUCUUGCCCUGGGGGGCCAAUGUGCAGCAGAGUUUAGCUCCAACCCUAAUCAAUCUUACAUAACUGUGAUUUUUUUUAAUGAUCCUGAAGACGUUGAUUAGCAUGCUCCGGUGUGUCUGAUUAGGGUUAGAGCUAAACUUUGCAGGUAAGUGGAUCUUGUGGGCCAGAUUUGAGGAUCCCUGGCUUAUGUGGAGGCAGAAAGAUUCUCCUGACCACCUCACUAAUCCUAGAUAACAAGUUUUGUUAUCU